AUGGAGAUGUUUUUUCAGGAUCCCGAGAUGUUUAUCCAAAACGAAAGGUUAUUACGCAUAAUAACGGCAUUGCUCUCAUACAAAGAGCUGGAGGCUAUUUAUAAACUUCAUUGCGAGGGUGUAUUCUCUCUCUGGCAGUGGAACAUCUAUGAAAGAAAGGAUACGGCCACUCCUUUUGCAAGGGGAAAACUAGACGCGGCUAUUUCCCAGGUGCUGAAUGAAGAGAGGCAUGAGACAGAAGAAAGUCGUUGGGCGGAAGAAUGGGCAAGGCGGCGGCAAAAAGUAAAAUUGACCGUUGCCACCACGAUCAAAGAUGUGCUAUUUAGAGGAAGAGUUCGCGUCAUGGAAAUGCAAUUGAAUGAUUUUCUUGUGAUGGAGUUGGACGGCAUGGGCAUUUUGCCCGCCAAUCGGAAUGUCUUGCUGAAGGAUUUUGUAAAGGAUUCUGCGAGGUAUAUUCACGGUACGUUUUUACUGCUCGAAAUGCAGGCAUCCAAUCAUUACAAGAGGAUGGAGAGGGCUGUAAGGGAUGAAAUGGAUAUGGAAGAGGAUGUACUCAGGCUUUACGAGAGAAGUGUGGACAAUCUACUGAAGUGGUCAUUAGCUGCUGAGGAGGUAAAAAGAAGUGUUCAUUGCAUCACUAAACACUUUUUGGAUGCAGCCUUCAUUGAAUUGAUGAGCUCAGUGACGAUGAGUGCGCCGAUGAAACUGGAGGGAUGCUACGAGUCUGUGUACAAUGCGAGGUGGAGCCAUGUCGUGGAAGUAUGUGACGGCGAGAAGACGGGACUGGAAGUGAGGGAGGGGGAAGCACCACAGUCAUGGAAUUACAGGGCAGUUGGCCGAACUCUCGAAAUGGAUGACGGUGUGCAGCAAUCCGGUGCACUGCGUUCCAGGCAGAUGGUGCUCACCUCAGAGAAGGGAUGGCCGUACUCGUGGAAUCUGAAGGGGGUGGAAUCCGCUUUUGACUGCCAUGUGAACUGUGAGGUGGAGCGAGUGUGGCGGAUCGUCAGGAAUGAUCUCACCGCGUGGUUCAGCAGUUACCGUCGGACCCACUUUAAGCCCAAGAAGCGUCUGUUGAUUGGGACGCCCGGGAUCGGGAAGUCGAUGAAUGCCGGUUCGUACCUCCUCUACCAGCUGCUGCACUACGAUGUGGAGAAACUCCAAAUGGUUGUGUACUUUAUUGGGCGUCAAUCAUUUCUGUUUGACAAGAUCACAAAAACGGUGUCAGUGUACAUGGAUGACCCCGGGAUUGUGAAUGUUGUAAAAAUUUUUUCCUUGCGUGGGGUGAAGGGGUAUUGUAUCUACGAUGCGGCAUUGGCAUGUCGUCAACCGCCUGCCGGUUUGCCUUGCAAGGGAUGGGGCAUGAUUGUGGUGACACCACCAGACAAAAACGAAUAUGAAAGGUGGACAAAAAAAAUGGACGCUACUGCAAUCGUAACGAAUUGUCCCGAAGAAAACGAUGUGAGGGCAAUGUGCGUUUGGAUGAAGCGCAAUUGGCCCCUGCAGGAGCAAGCGGAAUACUGGAAGGAGGUGAUGGGUCGCAUGAAUAACGUGGGACCAAUUCUCCGCUCCAUCUUUGGUAAACAGGCAUGUGAUGACCGCAUUAAAGCGUGUCAGCAGGCCGUGGAUGGGUCGACCGCCUCUGAAUUAGAGCAUAAUUUGGGUAUUGGCUGCUGUUACUCGCCUAUUGACAGUGAAUUGUCUCGAAAGCUUGUGAGGGUUGUCCGAGUACGACGAGGAAACAGCAUUGAGUCGCCUCUGAAUGUACUGAUAUCUCCCCACCUCGAACGCGAAAUAUUGUCCAGGUUGGAGAAUGAAAUGAAGCAGUCCGAUUUUAUUUUUUUUGUUUUGAGGUUCUGGGAUUAUGCCCCACCAUAUAUUAUUGAAAAGUAUGCCGUAUCCGCAUUUUUGAAUGAGGAUUUCCUGCGUGCGAUAAAACUCAAAAUCAGGGAACUGAGGCCACGAGGACGACGUGAGCCACACAGCUGUGCGCUGAAAGAGCACUCAGACAAGAGCUUCACCAGAAAAGAGGUUCUACCGCCACCGGAACGUCUUUCCAAUCCGGUUGCUAUGGACCACUGGGUGCUGUAUGAGCCGAAAGUCCAAAACUUUCCGUUGGUGGACGGCUUUUUCUUUGUGGACUCAAAUCCGAAGACGCUGGUUGGGCUGCGGAUGGCUACGGCGCGUGAGCACCACACGAAUACCAGCACUGUGAGGCACUUCACUGAGUGCCUGGCGGCAUAUUUGAGGUGGGAGGAGUC